UGUAGUUGUAGGCCUGUUGAUUGUUCGAUUAUACUUUGAUGUACAAUCUACUGAAUCUAGAUUUCUAGAUCUAGAUCUAGUUCUGGAUUCUAGGGCUAGGAUAUUUAGCCUAAAACAUAUGCAACAGAUGAAAUAGAGUUCAUCUGUUUCACAGAACUUGUGCGAUUCAGGAACCAAUCUUAGCUGGGUGGACUCAAGGUCGUCUUAAUCCUGGGAUUUGAAUCUCUUGACUUCCGGGUUAGCAGUUGUGAGCUCGACCAUUUGUUGAUCGCUCCAUUCCAUUUUUUUGUGAGAUUAAAAUUAAAUUCCAUUCAGAAGUUUGAUGUCAUGCUACCACCUACACAAAAUCAAUCAAGUAAGACAGAUUUGGUUGUCAGCUGUGUCAACAAUGAGAUUCUGACACCCGAAGAUGUAACCUCAGAGAGUAUGACCAGCGCCUACAGUGAUAUAGGAUAUGGUGGGAGUGAAGAGGGUUAUCUCCCUGAUUGCUAUCAGGUUGAGCUGGAAGGAACACAGACAAGUCAGGGUGUUCUAUCACUUGAGAACAUUUCCCCUGAUGAUGCUAGUACUGUAAUUUCAUCAGAUGACUUGGAGGAAUAUGGAUUUAAUCCUAUACUGUGUCAGUUUGAUGAAUACUUUAGAAAAAAGCUAGACUCAGAGUUGCAAACAUUCCAAGAAAGUAUGCACGCAAUGUUAUCAGAGCAACAGAUACACAUACAGAGAAUCAUGCAGUCAGCAGCCACUUAUUCUACUGGUGAACUAUAUGAGAACAAUUAUUCAAGAAUUCCAAAUUAUGAGAUGAAGAGUUCUCUAAUUAACUGUUCUUGUCAAGAUUCUGGAAACAAAGCCAAAACUAGUUUAAUGCUGGAACUCUUGUCUCUCUCCUGUCAACUUGGUGCUCUUUUGAGCUUACCCAAGUUCUCCUAA